ACGUAAACAAAUUAUUUUCCGGUCAUCUAAACAACAUAAACCAACGCAUUUACGCCGGAUUAAAAUUAAGCUAAUUUUACCAUACUUGUGUGCCAUAUACAAAAAAUAGUGUGCGUAUCUUCUCGAAAACUAGAUAAAAAAACUGCCAUAGUUAUUUUUCUGCACCUUUAAAUAGAGAUGGUUGCUCCAAACUUCCACUCACAUCUCGCACAGGUGGAAGUGUGCGAAGCGAUGUACAACAUUCGUGUACUUAAGAUGAAGGAUUCGGUUUUCAUCUACAUCGGCCAAGACAAGGCGGAAUCGUUUGAUGAGAUGGCGGUAGCUAUGCCAAACGCAAACAACUCGUCCGACGUGCUUGGUACCACAAUCAUAGGCCCACCGGAUGGUAGUGGUGCGCAAGAUCUAGCACAACGGCUUGCCAAAAAGCUAAAGAAGCAGGUGUACCUCAGCCUGGGAUCAUCCGUCCCGAACGAUCGAAUUGUGCGACCGUCGAUUGAGAAGAAAAUAUUUGACGAUAUCAAAAACAAUAUCGAAUGCUUUUGAAACACUACGGAGGGACCAACAACGUCGCUAGACUGGGAAAAUGGAAAUACAUUAUAGAGAGAUAGAGAAACACAGAGAGCUACACUACACUCAUAUUACCUCAUGGAGGAGGGUUCGCUUUUUACGUACGUUAGGCGUGUGAUUUUUACAAUGCUUUGCUAAGGAAUUAUCAGAUUAUGCUGUGCCGUAUAAUAUUUUUUGAAAAUAAAUACAACUAUGCAAAGAA